GAAUAACCGAUGCGUUUGCUCACCGUACAAGAUUAUCGUUCCCGCGCUAGCAGUGUCUCCGUCCCGUCAGGCGCUGAACCUUCCCUUCCCUUCUCAUGUUGCUUGCCGCCGCCAUCUCCCAGUGACCGAGACCGUUUGCGAGUCAGACCGGCGACAACAGUCAGUCGAUAUUCGCCUUGAGAGAGGAGUAGAUUUGUAUCGGGUGGCUUCCGUGUCGUUACAGAUGUACGUUGUUUAUCCGCGUAUCUUGUAGAAUUUUCGUCAAUACUGAUACAAACCGCUAGCGAACGUUUUGAGUGAAAAAAGGUGUUGACUGUGAACGUCAGCGUACUGGCAACCGACGCCGCCCGCCAUCCGGUGAGCUGCUCGAGUGCACCAUGUCUACAGCAAUGAACGACGAAAAACUCAUCUCUCUGGUGCAGGGCCACGGGUGCUUGUACAAUUCUUCUCACAAGCAGUACAAUGAUCCGCAGAAGAGGGAAAAAAUUUGGAAUGAAAUAGGAAAAGCAUUGAAUCAGCCAGGAGUCGCGUGCAGAACAAGAUGGUCUAAUCUGCGAGACCAAUUCCGAAGAGCAAACAAGACUAAAAGAACACUGAAUGGGGAAGCUUCAGAAAAGAAGAAGUGGAAGUUCGAUAAAGAGAUGGCCUUCUUGAAACCCUACUAUCAUGAGCGGAGUUCAGUUCCAAACAAUUCGAGCGAUACGGACGAAUUACUCGAGGCCUCUAAGGAGGGAGGAGGAGGAGGAGGAGGAGAUGAUGAUACUGAUGACGCAGAGAAAGAUAGUACUUAUAGUCCAGGUCCAGCAUCUAGGAAGAAGAAGCGUGUGGUGGAAACGAAAGAUCAAGACAAGAUCACCAAAGCUUCUGCCGAGUUAGACCAGCAGCAAGAUGAAACGACACCUGUGAGGAUGGAAGAGGACAUUACCCAAAGUUCUAGCAGACCAAAAAGUCGGCCCACUCACAACCAAACGAUUCAGAGAGUCCAGCCUAUUUUUAAGGGUCCUUACUAUCUCCAACGAGGUCACGGUCCAGAACGUGAGCGAAAUCAAGAGGUCAAAAGGUCGACGGACCACAUUGACGCUUUUCUUUUUGGCAUUGCUGAAACCGUAAAGUUAUUCCCUCCUGUUUUCCAACACAUGGCCAAAAACAAGAUUUUCAAUGCUGUUUCAGAGUUGGAAAUGGAAUUGCUGUUGAAGUCACAGGUACUUUCAAACCUUUCAGAUAAGGGGGAUAAAAUGUAAUGCAAUGGAUGGAAAGAACUUGGUUCCCUUAAGUGAUCACAU